CAGCCGAUGUAAAACGACGUACUUUCUUUAGGACUGAUAUUAGAACCGAACAAUAAUGCCGAAUACAACCAUCAACAUUAAUUAUUUGAAAAGUUGGAAUGGAAUCGCUAAGAUUUUUCAAGUGAUAUUGGGUGCGACUUGCGUAGGAAUUAUUGGUAACGAGAUUAGUUACGAAACUGUUAUCUUACACAGAGCAUCAGUAUUUAUAUUUUUUUUUGUCGCAACAUGUACUUUCUUUAUUAACACUUUUAUUCUGUAUGUCAGUAACCUGAUAUCUCCUUCUGCUGCAUCUAUUAUACCUAAAACAAUUUACGAACUCCUUUAUCAUUUCAUUGCGUCUAUAUUAUUACUUGCGGCUUCAAUAGCAGUAAUAAUUGUGAUAAAUGAAUCUAGUACUGUAAAUAAUUAUAACGAGUUUUUAGCAGCUUCCGUAAGACGUCCGGAAAAUCACCUGCAAUACUUCGAGUGA